UUUUAAGUUUUUCAUCUAUAAUCCUACCACAUACUGAUUAAAAACAAAGUUACAAACUUGCUCAAUUACAAAAAAUUUUUUUUAAAAAAAUUGGACACAGUACAUUGCUCUUUUUUAAAUGUUUCAAAUUUCUGCUGUUCAAUUGGCAGAAGGCUAUUGAGGGGUGGAGCUCAUUGUCCUGUGAAAUUUCUAGUCUGCUGCUGUUAAAGGAAACUAAAAAACAAGAUCGUAUAUAGUCUGUAGUUUCCAAAACCAUGACUCCGUCUACUGAAAGACCAUGGUGUUUUUGCUGAUCAAAAACUAUACACUUUCCUGAAGGAGGAGAAUCAGAAUCAAUCUUUAUUACAAUUACAGACCAGCACAAAAGUUAAACAUUAAAAUAAAUACAUUCUCUUUAAAGUAUUAAAGUUUAUAUCCUUGAGGAGACUACACAGCUCCUAUGGAUACUCAUGGACCUGGCAACACUUCCCUUACCAUCUGCCAGUCUCCCUUCCACUCCUAUUUUUAAGUAAAAAAGUAAAAAAAAAUCCUUUACUUUUUAAAAAACAAAGCUAAUUUAAUAGGAAGAAAAACUCUUACAUAUAGCAGGUUGCUUGUGAGGUAUACUCUGGCAAACGGUUAUAUGGUGACUUUUCAUGCCCUCUAUGGCAACGACUAAUAAGUAAUAUAGUGACACAAAUUUUUAUACAAAAUACUAAUGUUUACAGUGAUUUUUAAAAUGUUUUAGCUUCAUUGCAAGCUGACAAAUCACUAAAAUACAUAUCAUACAAAUUUGUGUGUAUGUGUGUGUAUGUAAAAUAAACUCAUAAAAUCAGACCAGUUUACCCAGCCUAGCCUCUUUCCCAUAAUGGCAUAAAAUCUAUCUAAAGUGUAUACAGGAGGCUAAGGCCAUACCUUUGUCCUUCUGUUGCCCCUUAGCUGUAUUCACUCUGAGGAGCAGCCAUUGAUAUUCUUAUUGUCCAAAAUUGAUUGAAUACCCUUUAAAGCCAUUUAAUGUAGUAGCUAUCACAAUACUUUGGAGCAUCUCAUUCUAUAAAUGUAUAAUGCACUUUAUAAAAUAUUUUAUUGGGUGACUCUAAAUUCCAUUAUUAUGAGACAGAACUUCCUUGUAUUUAUUUUUGUCUACCAUACAUAAUUUAAUUGUGUUUCUUCCAUUGAUCCUCCUAAAGUAAAACUACACUGACAGGCCCAUGAAAUCAGUACAAGAGCUUAAGUCAAGGGAGGCUUUAAAUAUUGAUUUUCAUUUAAAAGAUUUCAGAAUUAAAGAAAUACCCAUCCAAGUGAGAACUGUCAUUUUAAAAUUAAGCAAACUGACAACUACACCAGCUUAAUUUUCAGAAUCUGUAAUAUUCAGAAUUGGAUUCUAAAGAUUAUUACAGCAUUCUUUUAAGCAGUAAUCAAUAAUUCUACUGGAAAAACUAUUAUAUCAGCAAAUUCACAUAGGAAAAAGGAAAAUUUUAUAUGUCUCAGUAUUACUUUUUUGAUGUUGAGUAAAACAUCGCUUAUGGUUUAGUAUUAGGUUUAAUAGUAGGACAUCUGUUGCUUUCUUAAUUGCAAAUAGAACAAUAAUUAUGUAUAAACAAACUAGACAAAGAUUGGAUUAUUAGAAUCUGAAAAUACUGUACAACGUAAAUGAAAGGGAUUGCCCGUGUCACAAACUAUUAUCAGAAUUAGUUUUCAGAGUAUUUAUUUCAUUUGGUAUACAUGUAUAUACUGCGUAUGUGUGUGCGUAUAUAGUGUUACAUAAUUCACUAAAGAAGUGUAUAUAGGAUUUCCAGAUGUUCUGUCGUUGUCAAUCUGAACAGCCCCCGUUCAGUAAUAUGCCCUAAUAGAACUCUGAUGUAGCUAAAAUUCAAAGCAUCCAAAACUCUCAUUUUCUCAAGGUUUGUAAUAUUAUUCUUGAAUUAAUUUCAGGAAAGAUGGGUGCACACACUCAUGUUAAGACUGUAAUCUUACAAUGCUUUUGAGUAACACCAAGUCAUUCAGUUUUUGAAUAAGUACCCAUCGGUAGCUGUUCAGACUAUUCGGUCAAUGAAUCCCAUUACUCUACCUAGAUCCACUUAGAAAAAGGUCCCUUUAUCGGCGUGCCCAGAACCACAGCUAUAAAUUUGGUGCAGAUAUAGGAACAAAAUGAGUGUCUGUUUCACGAAUGGGACCUCAAAAACGCUCCCCUUACUUUGUAGUCCGCGGCAACGGACCCAGCCCGCGUUUCAGGGAAGAAGAGCGGCUCUAAUCCGCGCAACGGUGCGCCUAAGGAAGCCUUCGGUGGCUUUCCUGCAGUAGCAAGAAGAACCCCGCGCAAGCCAAUAUCCGUUGCCGACCCUGCCCCAUGGCAUGGGGUUAAUUCGGCUUCCUGAACAUGGAGGCUCCUUCUCUUUCCUGGACAGCUCCAGACUUUUCCUACCGAGACGAGAGAAGGACAGACCUUCAUUUUCACCCGGGCGCUUCAGCGUAAGAGUCCCUGCAAAGCAGGCGACCGCCUUUGGCUUCAAGAGCAUGUGUUGAUAUCCACACCCGAGGAAGAAAGGCGCCACCUCAGACUGGCGUCUGGACCAGACGAGAACAAGAGGGGAGGGGACAACAACAUCCCGCCACGCCAUUCCCGAUUGGCAGCUCCGCGCUUGAACUGGAAAGCAGGAAAGGGGGGGGGGGGCAGCCGCGGUGGCUGCCGCGCGCAUGCGCACUCCAGGGGGAUGUCUCGGGCUUCCUUCCGCUUGGCUCCUCCCCCUUCCAGCCUCAGUGGUGGUAAGCCUUUCCCUCAGCGCAAAAGCAGUCCGUGGCGGGAGGGGGGAAAGAGCGGAGUGGCUCGAGCGCAAGCUGUUGCCUUGCCUUGCGGGGAUUCGCCGCCAGUCUCGCGAAGGGAGUCGAGCGCGCGCCCGCCCAGGACUGAGCGACCCAUCGGCUGCGGGGCAAGGGUGGGUGGCUGCGCCGUACAGAGGUGGCGGAGAAGGGGCGGUGCGUUGCUCCGACAGCGCUGUCGACGAGGUUCAUUGUCGCCGGGACUGAGCGAGGGACAGCAAUACCACACAUCAUGAGGGCAGAAAAAGAGAUACAAGGAAAAAGCCAUCUGCACCAGUAUAGAAGCCUGAACAACUAUUUCAUGAUGAACAUAGAUGAUGAAGAAAAUAUGAGUUCAGGCAGCACUGAUAUUAAAGAGAACCGCAACAUGGACAACAUUCCACCUAAAGAUGGGACUGUGCAAGGUGCUGGGGAGGGGAAUCAGCUCCCUAAUGGUGGAGGCACUAGCAGCAGGAAGCGGCUGUUGGACGAGGGAAGCAACGGCCAUUCCAAGUUCCGCCCAAAGAAGAAAAAGAAAACUCCAGGUCCAGUGCUGCCCAAGAACGCCCUGAUGCAGUUGAAUGAAAUCAAGCCUGGCUUACAGUACAAGCUCCUCUCCCAAACCGGACCAGUUCAUGCUCCAAUUUUUAUGAUGGCGGUAGAAGUUAACGGGCAGAUGUUUGAAGGGUCUGGCCCCACAAAAAAGAAAGCAAAACUCCAUGCAGCUGAGAAAGCUCUAAGGUCCUUUGUUCAAUUUCCUAAUGCAUCAGAAGCUCAUCUAGCAAUGGGUAGAACUCUUUCAGCAAAUACAGACUUUACUUCUGACCAGGCCGAUUUCUCAGACACCCUCUUCAAUGGCUUUGAAAAUCCAGCUCAAUCUGACCAUUCCUUUUACUUGGAAUCCAAUGGAGAUGGUUCCUUUACCUCCAGUCCAGAUUUCAGCCUCUCGUCCGUCGUGGCUAGUAGUUUUAUCCAGUCAUCUCUCCCUGCCCCAUCACCCUAUGCAUCAACCAGUGGGAAGAAUCCAGUGAUGAUACUAAAUGAACUUCGACCAGGGCUAAAGUAUGAAUUUAUUUCAGAAAGUGGAGAGAGUCAUGCCAAGAAUUUUGUGAUGGCUGUAUCAGUGGAUGGCCAAACGUUUGAAGGUUCUGGACGAAACAAAAAACUGGCAAAGGCUCGGGCAGCUCAGUCAGCUCUUGCAUCUUUGUUUAAUAUGCAGCUGGACCAAACACCAUCUCACCAACCUAUUCCUAGUGAGGGCCUCCAGUUACACUUGCCACAGGUUUUAGCUGAUGCAGUUGCACGCUUGGUCGUAGAGAAAUUCAGCGAUCUGACAGAUAACUUUACAUCACCUCAUGCACGUAGAAAAGUGCUAGCCGGUGUUGUCAUGACAACAGGUACUGAUGUGAAAGACGCUCAGGUUAUAAGUGUUUCUACAGGAACAAAAUGUAUUAAUGGAGAAUAUAUGAGUGACCGUGGUCUUGCUUUGAAUGAUUGCCAUGCAGAAAUUAUAGCUCGGAGAUGCCUACUUAAAUUUCUUUAUACACAACUUGAAUUACAUUUAAGUUUUGGCAACACAGAGCUUUCCCAGAAAUUCCACAGUCCCAAAAUGGAUGGAGAAGAGAUUCAGGAUAGGCAUACCCUAGAAUCACUCAAGAUAUAUCUAGUAGUAUAUACUUUCCUGUCUGCUGAGGGCUUUAAAUUGGAUGAAAAUGUGCAGUUUCAUCUCUAUAUUAGCACCUCCCCUUGUGGUGAUGCUCGGAUUUUUUCACCACAUGAAGCUGCCCAAGAAGAUCAAGGAGACAGACACCCAAACCGGAAAGCAAGAGGUCAGCUACGGACAAAAAUUGAAUCUGGGGAAGGAACGAUCCCUGUCCGUUCUACAACUACGAUCCAGACUUGGGAUGGAGUACUUCAGGGAGAGAGGUUGCUUACUAUGUCUUGCAGUGAUAAGAUAGCUAGGUGGAACGUACUUGGUAUUCAAGGAGCUUUACUUAGCCUCAUUGUAGAGCCAAUAUACUUCUCAAGCAUUAUCUUGGGAAGUUUGUAUCAUGGAGAUCAUUUGUCCAGGGCAGCAUACCAACGGAUAGCAGAGAUUGAAGAUCUACCAUCUCUCUAUGUACUUAAUAGACCUUUACUCAGUGGUAUUAGCAAUGCUGAAGCCCGUCAGCCAGGAAAAGCACCUAAUUUCAGUGUGAACUGGACAGUUGGGGAUGCUGGGCUGGAAGUUAUUAAUGCUACAACAGGCAAGGAUGAGCUUGGUCGUGCAUCCCGUCUUUGUAAGCAUGCACUAUAUACUCGUUGGAUGCGUGUUUAUACAAAGCUUCCUGCCAGUCUUCAUUCAAAAGUCAAUAAGCCAAAUAUAUAUCAUGAAACAAAACAGAUAGCUGUGGAAUAUCAAACUGCCAAAGAGUGUUUGUUUAAAGCAUUUCUGAAGGCUGGCCUUGGGGCCUGGGUGGAGAAGCCUAUAGAGCAGGAUCAGUUUUCCCUGGUUGUCUGAAUUAUGGUUUGCACUUCGUGGGACUCUGAUGAAAGGUCCAGUUUCUGUAUCAACAUUUCAUCUGUUCAUCUAUAACAGCAGCUUUUUAACUUUUGUGAUUUGGGGAACUAACUUGUGAUUAAUUAGUUUUGGUUUUGUUAAGUUAAUUCAAACUAAAGAAAAACUGAUAAUAUAGUAACUAGUUUAGAAUCAAAACAAAAUUAUUUGAUUACUAUCUCAAGACUAUCUUUGCAGGAAAAAAUCGGUGCAAUUUUUUCGAUAAUUCAUCCACACUUUUUAACAAUUAUUUUAAUGAAUUGCUGUCAGAUGCAUUGCUGUCAUAAUGCACAUGGGAUAGGAUUUUUACAUGCCACUCAAGUAUGUAUUUUAACUUUGUGUUCUAUUUUCAGAGCCUUAGAAAAAAGAAAAAAUUAUGCACUUUUAGAGUUUUAUUUUUAAAUUGAUUAAUAUCAUAGCAAUGAUAGAAAUUACAAAACUGGACUUGUGUUUAGACAGUUUUUCCUGCUUCUGUCCCCACCUUUAAAACACAGCUGCUGAAAAUCUUUGUCUUUGCUGUGUGUAUGUGAUAGUUUUUAACAUGCUACUUUCUAUUCCAUUUUAAAAUACUUGUCUUCAAUUAGUGUUUAUAUACAUUGUGACGUUAUUGGUUUUUACCAUUGUAAACUGGAAACUGUUUGUAAACUAAUAGAGUAGAGACUUCAGCUUAGAUGUAGGUGGUUCUUUGUUUCACAGGAACCUUCUAAAUUACCACAGAAACAUUAUCCCAAUGUGAUGGCCAUUUCAGAACACUUUUUCCUUGUGAGAAACUUGCUGAUUUGCCAAAAACCUACUGCACAUGUGCACCACAACAGUUAAAUGAGUGAAAGGUUAUUCUAAGUUAAAUUAUAUGCUCUUUAAAGAUUUAACUUAUUUUCAGCCAAACUGUAUAUAACUAUGAGGUUAUGCUGCCUGUGACUGUAAACAUGUGGAUAUAAAACUACCUAUCCAGUUUAUUCUGCAAUGUAGUUUUGUUUGAUCUAGUAUAAUAGGAAUAAAUGUUGAGCACCUAUUUAUUUAUAAAGUACCCAAUCCAUAAGCAUGUUUGUAUGUGUCUGGAUCUCUGAAAGACAGCAAUGUUUGCAGAGGGAACUAAUACUUGUGCUGAGCAUAGGUCUUCAGACUCCCUAGAGCAGGGGUGUCAAACUCACAUCGUCACGAUGGCAUCACGUCAUGUAUCGAGACUUUUUUCCCCUUUGCUAAACUGGGUGUGGGCAUGGCUAGUGCAUGACUCAUCCGGCCCCGUGGGCUGGGAGUUUGACAGCCCUGCCCUAGAGGAUCCUCUGCUUAACAAUCAUGAUGAGUGUGCUGCACCAACUGUUAGCUGCAAAGGCUUACCCUGAAAUGCAGUGUAUGUAUGUCCUUGUGUUGAGCUAACUAAUCCAUCAAGCCAUCUCUUCUACCCAGUUUCAGUGUUUCACAAAGCAUUUACUCUGUUUAUUGAUUGAUACCUCACCUCUAGCUUUAUCUCAAUUAGAGGAAGUAGUUAUAAACAUAAAAUUGUGCUAGGGUUUUAUUUCAGUAAUAAAAAAAUCUAACUGUAGAGCUAAAACAAAAUUAGUAACAAUGAAAUAAAAAUUAGAGUUUGAUCUUUUCAAUUCCAUUCUGGCAAAGUAUAUCAUGUAGGUUUAACACUGUUAAUUCUGACUGCUCUUCAGUUUGAAAAGAAAUAAUGGGAACAUAUUUUGCUAAAUAAAUGCCAGGAAUUUCAGGUGAUAUUCAUAUUGAAGAUUUCACAUCAGCUAUAGGUAUUUUUCAAUGUCCAUGUAAGGAGAUGUAGUAGACAGACAUAAUAGCUAGCAUCUCAUUUCUAUAUGGAGCCUGGAUAUAACUAUCUAUAGUAUAUUGUAUUGUGUUGAUAGAUACAAACACCAUGGAAGGGUAUAUGCAUGUCCGUGAAAGCCUUAUUCAGUAUUUAGUAAAUAUAGCCCUUGUCUUUCUCAGGACAAAGGCCAUCUCUAUUCUGGUAUAGAAUGGUGGACAAGGAAAUCACCAAAUGAGAUCUGAAUUCUGUGGGAAUUUGGGCAGGCAUGGGGAAGGAUUCUAGGCUAUGGUCAUCUCUUCCUCUCAUGAGUAUAUCCACUCUUCCUUCUCUGACAGUCAUCUAUGCAACAUAUCUGUAUGUGUUCCUUGCUUAGUGCUAACAAAUUUCACUGGGUCCACCCAGUCAUGAGCUCCUCAUCCAGCUCCUGUGUCUUCCUCAAGCAAACUAAUAGCAAAUGAAUGCUUGGUGGGCAGCACUAGCAACUAAUGAUGCAAUGUAUAGAUGUUGCAAGAAGUCUGCAGACAACACUGAUCUCCAGUGAAACAGACUCCAUUGAGACUGUAAAAACACGCAGAGUGGAGAACCAUGUAGCAUCUCCAUCAGCAGCCAAGUGAAUUGCUCCAGAAGCCAUUUGCUGCAGAGAACCACAUGAAGCUCUAUGGCUGAGAUGAUUUGUCAAAAUCCAUCAUGUCUUAUCAAGGAGAAAAAACAAAUACAGGUAUUUUGCACAGAUGAUCUAACACUAACCUUAAGAAAACAUACUUUAUACAUGUGCAAAGUCCACCUCUCAUUUAAGUGUAUGCGUAAAGUAACCAGACAUGGUGAAAAAUAGAUAUGCAAAAACUUUUUGCAACUAUUAAAAUCUGAUCUCUAAUUAUUAGUUGCAGAUAUAAAAAAACUGCAGAUAACAAGAACCACCUUUUUUAACGGAAAAACUGUUCACUUAAAAAAAUCCAUAGGCACAAUAGUAAUAUUUAUGUUGAUAAGGCCCUACAAAAUUUAGUCUGCAAGAGCAAAUUAUUUAUGUAGCACAUUUAAAUGGCAAUGACAGAAUUGCAACUUGAAUUAAAUAGGUAAUAGCUACAUUUACAUGCUGAAAAGUUCAUCACACAAAUAUUCACACUACAAUAUACUCCAUUAUUGAUGAUCAAAGCCAAAUUAUGAACAAUUGGAAAGUAAACUAGAUGAUAGAUAGGAUUGCCAACUUUGUCAACAUAACACAUUUUGCUAUCUGAGCCAGAUCUGGAAACAUGCCUGGGACUUUCUGCUUCAUGGUUGGUGCCCAGGGGGCAGUGGUGGGAUUUAGCCAGUUUGCACCACUUUGGGAGAACCGUUUGUUAACUUUCUGAGCAGUUUGGCAAAUUGGUUGUUGGAAGAAAUCAUUAGGGCAGAGAACCGGUUGUUAAAUUUCUUGAAUCCCACCAUUGCCAGAGAGUCUGGCUGAUGACACAGAUUUGUUAGACCUAUAUUUUGAAACCAACUGAGCACAAUAUCAGCUGUGUUACUAAAGUUUUUUCUUUUGAAAAAAACUAACAAGGAAAAGUGUUGUUGUUUUUUGACAACUGACUAAACAGCACAAUAAAAAGCAAGGCUAAAUUUCACAGGAUUACAGGUAGUCUUUGAUUUGUUGCUAAGUGAGAAAUUUAUUGAGUUUUGCUCCAUUUAAGACCUUUCUUGCUACAGUUGUUAACUGAAUAAGUUAACAGUUGAUAAGUUAGUAAUCUGGUUGUUAAGUGAAUCUGGCCUCCCCAUUGACUUUGCUUGUCAGAAGGUUGCAAAGGUGAUCACAUGACCAAGGACAUUGCAGCUGUCAUAACUGUAAGUCAGUUGCCAAGCUAAAUUUUGAUCACGGGAUGCUGCAAAGGUGGUAACUGUGAAAAAUGGUCGUAAGUCACUUGUCAGUGCCAUGUAACUUUGAAUGGUGACUAAAUGAACUGUUGUAAGUCGAAGACUACCUGCAUUGACUUGUUUUCCAUAACUGAUUGGCAACCCUUAUAUUCCCAAUAAUGCUUUUUGUGUACAAGAGUACUUAAAAGUGUGCUAUAAAUUCUCUGCGAUUUCUGGCUUGAAACAGACUGUGGUUUAAGUUUUAGAGUGGCGGAAUUUGGACAAAAACCCCAGAACAUUGUUUAUUGCCGUACCAGUGAGCAGAAAUAAGUGUGGGACCAGCAUUUCUUUAUCUUCUACAAACCUGUAGCUGGGUUAAAAUCAGAAAAUACUUCUGAUUUCUUUGUCAAGAUUUAUUGUUAUGUCUAAAUGCAGAGGGUAGGAGGGAAAACCCAGUUAAAGUCUGACUGUUAUAUAAAACAGAGGUCUCCUUGGUCCCUUUAAGACUUGUGGACUUCAACUCCCAGAGUCCCUCAGCCAGCAAAGCUUCAAGGUUGGAGACCCCUGAUAUAAAAAGAGUUCAUUUAAACUGACCAGAGUUUCCCCUAUUUGAAUUUCACAGCUUAAUUCUCAUUUGCUUUUGGUUUAUUUCAAAUUAAAUAAAGGUUCUUCUGAGGAGAAGGAAAAGUCAGUCCAUCCAAGGAUACUUUCAGUUAAUUUUCUUAAGCAUUGAAUUUCUCCAAGAUGAGGCGUAUUUUUGCUUCGUUUUCUCUUUCCCACCCCAUUUCUCUGUCUCAAAGAGCUGCACUGUCAUUAGCAAUAAAAAUUUAAAGGGGGAAGCUUGUUGUUGUGUAACACCUAUGACUGAUUUUAUAACCCCUGUAGCAAGUAACCUUCUUGGGUAGAUCCAAAUAAGAUUACAGGAUAGAAAACUGUCCAAAAUAGCACAAACAUCUUUAAUAUUAUUAUUACUGUGUUACAUAACAGUUACUAAGCAUGCUGAUAUAGCUGUUUUGCUGUUCUCCUUUUAUUUCGCGGAAGCUCAUCUUUGCCAAAAUAUUUGUCAUUUCUAUUAAGAUAACCUGUGUCUGUGUGAAUUACAUUAUGGUAUAAUUUUUAUUAAACCAUUCGCUCAUUUGAAUUAGCAGAAGUAUUAUUAACAUGAUAUUAUUACAAUGGGAUUACAAAAAGCUUACACUUGCUGUAAACAAUGAACUCCAAUGGUUGCUGAUGUGAACAUUCCACCACAUAAAGUAAAUUCCAGUAUGAAUGGUCCACUUCUGUAUUAACAUUUCUCUGUGAUUGACAGGAUAACAACCCUGUUCCAGCUGUAGCACAAAAAUGUUUUCACAUGAUAGGCAAGAGUGGGAUUAAUUUCCUUUCCUUUUUAUGCUCCAAACAAUUAGCUGUUUUUCUUGUAAAAUGGAUAAUUAGAAAUGCCUAUUUAAUGAUGUUGUGAUUUAAUUGCAAUGGAGGGUGUGUUUUUUUUGCUUUGUUAAAUAUGAGAAAAAAUUUUCAGACUAUAGUUACCUUUUCAGAUGUGAAAGAGAUAUGUGAUUUAAAUUCAAAUAGUUAAAUGAAGUGAAUUCACAAAUGAAAUGAACAAAACUGUUCUUUGAAAAUAUGUGUUGUACUUUAAAUACAAAGAUUGAUUUGCAAAGUAUGCAGGAAAAUUAAAUCCAAUGCUAAUGAUUAAAGAAAAUAAAAGCUCCUUCAGUGCAAAAGUUGUUAAUAGAUUGCUGGCCCAGUAUGGGUUGUAUCUCACAAGGACUGGCAAAUAUAUUUGGCCAAAAUGUACUAAACUGAAUUCUGAAGAGGCUGGAAAUGAAACAGCCUGUAAACCAACCAAACAAAGGAGUAGAGAUCAGAUAUUUUGAAUGCUAAUCUGUGGCAAUCACAGAAUCUUAAAACGGUUAGAGUAAAUAUUCAGCCUGAGUUAAUUAAGGCAGUGUCUUUGCGAAAUGCAACUCUUAUCUGGACAGAAUUGCCUGGGAUAAACUUUCAGAUGUUCCCCGCUUCCCCCUGCAAUUUCCAUAUUGGAAUGUAUUAAACCUCUCAGUAAACAUUCAGGGAGAAAACAAUUGUUUGAACUGUCAACAUACAACUGUUCAGAAUAUGAAAAAUAAUAGAAGAAUUACCUUGUACAGAAAACUGGAUUUAACAGAUUUAACAGAGGUUUAUUGGGUGAAUUCCUAUGACUGGAAUAGAGCAAUUGAAGCUUAUAAUUUGCUGAAAAAGAAACAGAAUAAUGAAAAGAAGAUGUUGCUCUGUAUGAUAAAAUUAUUCACAACUGACCUUGACAAUAUUGUAGACAGCUUCUUAGUUAAUAAAAAGAAUUCUUGUUUUGGUUUCUACAAGUUUCAAUUUUUUUUUCUCUGACUAUUCAACCAACCAAGAAUAGCAAAUUGAAAAACUCAGUGACAGCCUUUUUUAUGAUAGAGGCUUUGGUUUAACCUGCCACAUAGCUGCAGAAACAUGGCAGCAUUAUUUCCAGAGUAUCUUUACAAUUAGAUAAUUAUAUAAUCCAAUUGUGACUUAUUAAAAUGCUCUUUCUAACUGGCCAUCUGCAUUUACAGUUGAGGUUAAUGAGAUUAUUUCAGUUAAGACUUGGAAAAGUCCUAGAGUUACUGAGGAGAACAAAGAUUGGCAAUCAUUUUAUUUACAUACAUUAAGAGUUCAGCAUGUUUUCUGCUGGAACUGGAACCAUGCCACUGUUAUUCCUGUCUAGUAUAAAGAAAAAAAAUUGAUCCUGCCAACUAUAGACUCAUCAGCCUGCUUAAUACAAGUUAUACACCAAAUAUCUCCAGCCAAAAGGGUUGAAAGUGUGAAUGUUCUAGUUGAGGAACAAAUCAGCUUUUGAUUUGAACCUACGGGAAAAACUAAUAGGUUUGUCAGCAAAGACUGCUCAGUCUCUCUAAUACCUGUUAGAUGCUAUCCUUGAGAAUGUCCUUCUAGAACUAUUUCCACACAGAGACAGUUGAAGCAGGGUGCAUUUUAAUCCCCUUGGUUUUCAAUUUGUAUAUUAAAUCAAUAAUCCAGGGCCUCUCAGUUCCUAACCAUUACCUUGUUAAUGGGUUCUUUGAAUUAGGAAACAGUGUUACCAGCUGUUCUGUAUGCACAUGAUGUUGUAAUCACAUUUGUUUCCCAGUGUGAAAUGAGAUGGACACUAAAGGUUUUUGUCUCUUUAUGUCUUAAAGAAAAAUGUGUUAUAAACCAUCAGAAAAAUGAAGUUUUAGUAUUUGCAUAAAAUAAUUACAAAAUUCAUAAGUGGAAAUUAAAUGGGAACUCUGUCAAGAAGGUGCAUAUCAAAACUAUCUCAGUGUGCUUCCAGGCUUCAGUAUCAUGAAGAAAACCCUUUUCUUUUAUAGAUGGUAUUGGUCAGCAUACAGUUCUUCAGCUCUCCCGAGAUUUGGCCAUUCAAAGGGAUUUUCAUUUCAUCCCUACAGGCAUUACAUCCUUUGAGGCCAAUGUCAUAGCCCAGCUUCUCUAGGGCAUACACAUCUGCCUUUUGCUGUUUGUUUUACAAAACUUGGUAUUCCUAAAUUAGUAUAGUUUAAGCUUCGUAGAGCUAGUCUGGCUCCUCUCCCUAGAACUCUUGUUGGAGAGUAAUUAGGCUUUGAAAUACAACUAAUACAAUACAAAUCUGGGAUAUUGAUUUUCAGAUCAAUCUAACUUACAGUUUGUGAGGUUUUCCUCCUCAAAUUGUUGUGCACUAGUGAUCUAUCUUUCCUCCAAUAUCGUUUUGUUUCAACAAGCCAGGUUGGAUGUAUUGUCUUUAGCUUUUUUGCUGGCACUUUACAAAACCUUAUUUUCUGUCACAAGGCUGGGGGAGUGACACUCUUUUAUUUAGCUAUAUGCUUCUUUGUUGCUCUCUUUACAGAAAAUCUUGAAUCAUUUUCAUUCAUGCCAUCCUCGUGAAAUUUCUAGGUAGAGAGCAUGAUUUACAUGGCUCUUUGUAUCCAGCCAGGAUUCAUAUCUACCUACCAGGACUGCUGAAUUUUGUUGGGGCUAGAAACUAGGAGAUCACAAAUCCCACCUUAGGCAUGAAAGCCAGCUGGGUGACCUUGGGCCAGACACUAUCCCUCAGCCCUAGAAAGGAGGCAAUGGCAAACCACUUCUGAAUAACUUUGCCAAAAAAACUGUAGGAUCUCGUCCAGGCAAUCUCUGAGAAUCAGACAUAAUUGAACGGGGGACUUCUGAUCUAUGACCAUAUUAAAUAUUUGGAUUUGUCUUCUAUAUCCCAUUUUCCCAACCUUCCCUCAGUUCCUCUUGCCAUUGAUCUUCAUCUCACUCUCACCUAUGCAACCCAUUUAGACACAUUUAAACAUAAUAUAAUAACAUUAAUCUCUCUGAAUCGUCUAGUUUAGAGGAAUCUAUGUUCAUCUCUAGUUCUUCUCUUUCAGAAUCCUCUUGACAUUCUAUUAAAGUCUGUAUAGACUAUAGUCUAUAGUCUCUCUC